AUGUCGACCCUCCUCCUUCUAGGCGUAGUGGGUGGAUCGCUGGCGCAACAGGUCUAUGUCCCCACCAACGGCAGUAUUCCUCGCCCUCAAUGUAGCUCAACCCCGGCAUCUGCACUCUACGCGACGGCAAGCCCAACAUACGCGUUCUCUUCCUUUUCUUUCACUCAGACAGAGACCGUCAGGACAGCUACCUCGAUAACUCCGUCGGCAAUCACCGCCACAUAUGCUCCGCCCUACGAAUCUCUCAGCUAUCUGUUGCCCAAUCUGUCUACGACAACAUGGGGCAAUUGGUACCCAGAUGCCACUGCCUCCCCGACAGAUACCACGGAUCCUUACGGCCAGGCGGCAUGGUCUGCUCUGUGGGAGCGAGUCUCGCUAGCUAAUUUCACCACGAGAGGAAUCUACUCAAGCACAGUCUCGCCGACCCCGGUGCCGACGAGCGAGUUGAUCUUCCCGCCUCCGGAAUACUUCACACCUCAGGACUGUUACUAUCUCCCCGUGGGCUUCAUGUUUGGUGUCGCAGGCUCUGCUGCACAGAUAGAGGGCGCCAUCGCCGAUGAAGGCCGAGCACCGACAGUCAUGGAGCUUAUCUCACCAUCUACGCCGGAUUAUGUGACCAACGAGAAUUACUAUCUCUACAAACAAGAUAUCGAGCGUCUGGCCUCAAUAGGAGUGCAGUACUACUCCUUCUCAAUCCCCUGGGGUCGAAUCAUGCCAUUUGUCCUCGAAGGCUCUCCCGUCAACAAGCAAGGUCUCGACCACUAUGAUGACCUGAUUAAUUUUGUGAUAGAAAAGGGCAUGCAACCCCUGGUAACACUGAUUCACUUCGAUACGCCGCUCAACUUCUAUGAGAAUCCAUCUGAUAUCUCUGGCUCUCUGGGCGGAUUUCCCGGGGGCUACGACAACACAACAUUCGAGGAUGCAUUCGUUCACUACGGCAAAGUGGUCAUGACGCACUUCGCCGACCGGGUUCCGGUUUGGUACACGUACAAUGAGCCAUUUCUGUCCAGCACCAACGGCAAGAGCUUCGACACCGUGAUCAAGUCACAUGCGCGCCUUGCUCAUUUCUACCGCGAUGACCUCAACGGCACUGGUCAAAUAGCGCUCAAGUUCAACAACAACUUCGGCGUGCCUCGCGAUCCCCUAAAUCAGGAGGACGUGGAUGCCGCCUACCACUUCAACGACUUGCAGAUCUCGACAUAUGGUAACCCGAUCUUCCUUGGCAAGGACUAUCCUGAAGCCUUCAAGAUGACAUUCCCAGACUACGUGCCUCUCACAGAGGACGACUUGGAGUACAUCAACGGCACAGCCGAUUUUGUCGGAAUCGACCCGUACACUGCGACAGUCGUUUCUCCACCCAGCUAUGGCAUAGAAACAUGUGCAGGCAACACCUCGGACCCUCUGUACCCCCUCUGCGUCAACCAGUCAACACUGACCACGACAGGCUGGAACAUCGGCUACCGCUCCCAGUCCUACGUGUAUAUCACGCCCAAGUACCUCCGGACCUACCUGAACUGGCUCUGGAACACCUUCCGCUAUCCCGUUGUGCUCACUGAGUUUGGCUUCCCCGAGUUUGGAGAGUCUACCAAGGAUGAUCUCUCAGACCAGCUCUUCGACUCCGUCCGCAGCACUUAUUAUAUGACGUACAUGAGCGAGGUGCUGAAGGCCAUAUGGGAAGAUGGGGUCAAUGUUGCGGGGGCAUUUGCGUGGAGCUUCAUGGACAACUGGGAGUUUGGCAGCUAUGACCAGCAGUUUGGGAUCCAGACUGUCAAUAGGACGACACAGGAGCGCAGGUUCAAGAAAAGUUUCUUUGACUUGGUGGAUUUCGUGGCUGCCAGGACGCAGGAGUGA